AUGGCGGAUUUGGGGUCGAACCUCGUAUUGCAAAGGCCCCCGGGCGCAAUAGAAGCGAUUAGAAAAAUCCAUAAUUUGGACAAACCCGGAAGGUUGGAAGAAGCACUAAAUAUAUUACACGAUUGGAUUCAAAAACAGCAUCACUUGACAAAAAAGGAUUUUAGCAAGGACUACUUGGAGAGGACUUUGAUAUCGUGCAAGGGUUCCGUGGAGAAGGCGAAGAAGCAAAUAGACAGGUUGUGCACAUUCAAGACGUUGAUACCUCGAUUCUUCACAUGUACUGACGCAAGGGAUUUGUCAUACGUGUCUGAAUAUGCAUCGAUGAUCGCAUUACCGAAGUUAACACCAGAUUUCUACAGAGUAUUACUUAUUAAGUUUAAAUUCAAGCACCUCACCAGCGAGAAUAUCAUUGAUUAUUUCCGAUACAGUAUCAUUGUGAGCGAAUACAUCAAAGCACAUGAUUAUGUAAACGGUUUCAUUAUAAUAGAUGACUACAGAGAAACUAAUCUACUGGAUGCUGUGACUAAGCUAAACCCUGUAGACCUACAACAAUACAUGUCGAUAUUAAUUGAAGGCUUCGGUGCAAGAAUGAAAAGCCUCCACCUCCUAUCAGACUCGAAAGCAGUGGAUUUGAUCAUAAAGCUGAUGAAACAAUUCGUCAGUGACAAGAUUGCUAAGAGGACACACGUACAGAAAUCUCUGGAGGACUUACAUAAGUUUGUGCCGAAGGAUAUCUUGCCGAUAGAGUAUGGAGGCAGCGAGAGGUCUAUUGCUCUGAUACGUAACGAUCUAGUAGAAGCAAUCACUUCGAAAAAACACAUAGAAUACAUGGAGAUGAUGAACAAGGCGUGUACUGACGAGUCCAAACGAGUGGCUUCGAAGUUCAACGAGGAAUAUCUGGGCAUGCCUGGAUCUUUCAGAAAUAUGAGCGUAGAUUAG